CAUUUGUAUAGGAAUUCUGUAGGAAUAGGGAAUAUUCUCCACAUGGUGGCCAUGGAAGCCUCGUGAUCUUGGUGCCAAUGCUGCGAUCAACCUGGACGUAUUUUGGUUUGGGUGCUCUGGUGGGAGCUGCGCUCUUUUGGGUCUCCGAUUCGAGUGGCUGGUUGGUCACACCCGGCCUGGGCGACGUGGCGGAGGCCCCGCUGGCACCACGCGAGGAGCGCAUCGAAGGCUCCAGGCCAGCUUCAAGUGCCGUGCAAGAACAGAGCAGCACACGCCCACCCACCAGCACCACAAGCAGCUCUGGAUUGACCACAACAAGCAGCGAUCCCGUUUGCGAACUGCCGCUGUGUCAGCUGCACGAACGAAGUGCACCACAGCUUUUCAUCCUGGAGCACACGGACGGGGCUGGGCACCGGAUGAAAUCCAUCCUGGAAGCUAUGGCCAUUGCGUGGCGCAACAAGAUGAACUUUGGGGGCUUGGUCGGUCAACUCCAGCCCUUGACGGACCAGCACAUCAACUUCCGUGUCAUCUCCGACGCCAUCUUUGGAGAAGAGGCCUCGAAAGACCUCUACAUCUACAACAUCAGCAACAAGCCCCGUUGGGAAGGCGUCUUUGAUAGCGUCCGGCAGUUGGAAAGUGGUCGUGAGCAUCUCAAGGAGAAGGCCUUCGCGUAUUGCCACGCGGUGAACGAAUGGGGCUAUGACCGCAGCAUCCCAACCAGCUCCUACUUCCCUGGCUGGCUCCGAAAUGAACUCCGCCAGCAUUUGGAUACCCGACCCUUGUUGUUUGCUGCUGGCAAGGUCUCUGUCGUUAUCCACUUGCGCCGGUCUGACCUGGAACGAAGCGAUACUCGUGCCACACCAGAUGCCUACUACUACCGUUUGGCGAAAGAAAUUGGUCACAUUGUCUCUUUUGAGACCUUGGAUUUUCAUGUGUGGAGCUCCACCAAGAAUAUCCCGGCAUAUGACUAUCACUACUGGACAUCGAAGGAUUACGAUGGCUAUCGGGAGCGUGGCAUGACAGUGCACUUGGAUGAGCAGAUUGACAACAAUGAUGAUAUGAUCAAAGCGUGGACGCACAUGGCGAGAGCAGAUAUUUUCAUCAUGUCGCAAAGCUCAUUUUCCAUGGUGCCUGCAUACCUGAACACCAACUGUGUGAUCUAUCCCUCCAAUAUCGAUGCACCGCUGGAGAACUGGGUUGAUGGCAAGGACAACAAGCGAAGUCAAUACCAAGCCAGCUUGCAGAAGUGUGUGGCUCGCGCAGUGGAAGGGAGCCAAACAGAGCGGAGACCCCGUCGCGCGGUGGGUCGCUGCGGGCUGUUGUUGGGUCCCAGCGGGAGGUUCCUGGGUGAGAUUUGCGUUUGUUGCCUCAGACGCAGGUCAGUCCUUCAGUUUGCUUCCGUCUCACCACGUUCGACGGGCUUUGUCGGCUUGCGCGGAGUCGUCCGAAAAACGGCUCAAGCCGCCUGGGCUCAAGGGCUGAAGUCGAGCUUUGCAGAGAGCAGCUUUCUGGUGGCGAACUGGCUGAUCAGCAAUCUCGCAUAUAGCAACUUCUUUCUGCAGCCCCGUGGGCCGGAUGAGACGACGCGAUGGCAGGGCUAUGGCUUCGACUUUGUGCACAACUUGUUGCACAUGACCGGCGAGAAGGUCCUGCAACCGUUUCAUGAUCCCGACCGACGCUUGGUGGCGCUCUUCAAUGGAGAGAUUUACAACUGGGAGGAGCUCGGCUCGGAGCUCGGCUCAUCCUUUCGCAGUGAUGGGGAGGUCAUUUUGAGCGAGUACCAACGGCACGGCGGCAGCUUCGUGCGGCGCUUGGAUGGCGAAUUCGCCUUGGCGCUCUUCGACUUCCAACGCCGGGAGCUGAUCUUGGCGCGGGACCCCUUCGGCACGAAGCCCCUUUGGUUCGCUUCCUCCGCCGCUCUGGGGCGCUUUGCCUGCGCCUCCUACCGCUCCGCGCUGGAGCGCUUGGGCUUUGAAGAACAGGAUAUCCAUCAAGUCGAGCCCAACACCGCCCUUCACCUGCGCCUGCCUUCGACCGAAGCCGGCGAAGCCGAAGCUCCCGUGGUGAUCCAUCAGGCUGCAGUCUUCGAGUUUGACAUGAGACAGCACAAGGCAGACACGAAGGACUGGCAGAAGCUCUUUCUCAAGGCCAUCCAGAAGCGCGCCGGCUCCACACGCUUUGCGCCCGGCCGCGCCGUGCCGGCCAUGUGCUUGAGCGACGGCUAUGACAGCGGCUCCAUCGCAGUGGCGCUGGGCGAGCUGGGCAUCGCGCCGGCGAUGUACACGGUGCAAGCACGGGAGGACGUGCGAGUGCUGCUGGCACGCUUGGAAGCGAUGCGUGUGCGGCACAUGAACGCCUCGUGGAAGCUCACGCAGCUCUCGCAGGAGGAGUUUCAGCGUGAAAAGACCUUCCUUCGUGAAAACGCUGAGAAGGUCUUCUACAAGCUGCGGCCUGGUUAUGCCAAUGUGGACGACAAGGCGGCCGCGGGACUCUCCUGGAUCUAUCGCCAGGCGGCCCACUUUGGGCAGCGGCUCUUCCUCAGCGGCAGCGGAGCGGACGAAGUCAUCAGCGACUACGGCGCGUAUGGCGCCCCCUUGGAGUUCCACAGCACGCUGAUGGGCCACUUUCCAGAGAACCUGUCGACAGCCUUUCCCUGGUUGAACUUCUACCUGGGAACGCAGCAGGACUACUUGGCGAAGGAAGAGAGCACUGCUGGGGCACAUGGAGUGGAGACCAGAUAUCCCUUUCUGGAUCGAUCUCUAGUUCAGGAGUUCCUUUGGCUCAGCAAUGAUGCCAAGAACUCUCUCUACAAAGCACCCAUCCAUGAGUUCUUGGCCUCCGAGCAGUUUCCCUUCGUCCCGGGCGUGAAGCGCGGCUUCUCCGCCGACCGGAACCUCGCGGGAAGCUCCGAAGGGCACGACGACGCCGGCGCCGCGCGCGCGCGGCUGUGGGCACGUGCUCGGGCACGCGAGCGUGGAGACGGAGGCGAAGUGGAGACGGCGACGGUGGCUGCGUGUAGCCACCAGUGUGAGGAAGAGGGCUCCUUUAGCUUGGAGGAAUUGAUGGAGGUGGUGGAGCUGGAGAGUGUGAGGAUCAAGGACCUCUCCGAAGCCUUGCCGGCGCUACAACGUGCCCGUGCACGGCGCGCGCAGCAAGCACUGCGGCCGCCGUUGUCGUUGGCCGCAGCCAACGGCGUGGAACCGACGCCGGGGGUGGUGAUUCUCACGUCGUGCAUGGAGGAGCACUACUUCUUGACCUAUUGUGGCCCCUUAUUCUCCAGCAUUGGAGAGGCAUUUCAUUCACCCAGCGAUGAGUCCAGACCACGCGUUCCGGUGGUGAAGGUCAUGGUGGCCACUGCAGGACUGGCUGCGGCGACCCUGGAGGCGGUAAGCCGAGUGAUGCCCUGGGUGGAGUUCGCACCCUUUCAGGAACAUGAGGAGCAGCUGAGUUCCCACGAGGACCCCACGGAAGGAGAGAAUUAUCGGCGCUUGACCUAUCAGUCACUGAAGCUUCAGCAGUACCUCUUGCUCUGGCAGACCCGCAUCCUUCCACUGAAAGAGGUGGCCUUCGUGCUGUGCAUGGACUCGGACAUGGUCGUGGCCAAGCCUUUCAUGCACGUCUUCGAGCUCUUGCAGCAGCGGCAAGUGGACAUCGCCUUCAGUUACUACGACGGCACCCGGGAGGUGCCCUGGGGCUCCACUGAGGAGCUGGCGUUCACCAAGAAGAAAGGCUACGUGCGCCUGCAGGGUGGCCUCCUCAUCAUGCGAAAUAGCCUGGAUGCGUUGCAAUGGUUUGCCACAUGGAAGAGCCUGACAGAAGUGACGCUCUUCCACAACGAGAACGAGAACGAUCUAGGUCAGCGAUGGCGAGAUUUGCUGGAAGAAUUCAAAGGCCCUUCCCAAGCAGCGCUGGCUUUUCUGUUGACACAGGGCGAGGUAGAGAAGGUCAUGAAGGAUGCAGCGACCUGCUGCAGCUCCUUGCGAAGCAUCGAGUUGGAAUCCCUGCGACCCGGGGGCGAGAACUUUCGCGUGACGAUGAUGGGUCUUCCAACUCAGUACCUGAACGACGCGGAGUCGACCGCGGACGGACUCUUGCCCCAGACGGCGCACAUCGUCCAUCUCAAAGGCACUUGGUGGCGCAAUGUUUUGCCUGAAGGCCGCCGAGAGAUCACGACGCCGACGCGGUCGUUUGCGUGGAAUUGGCAAGCCUUCGAGCUGUGGCAUCAUCACUAUGUCCAUUUCCUCCGGCUCCUUCGAGAUGGUGGCUUCGAGGUCUACUGA